GUUUGCUGGGUCUCCAGUCGAGCUGCUCAGUCGUGCUGACCCCAAGAACCCUCGCUCCAAUGAAGACCGAGAGUCAAUAAAAGAAGCAACACACAAAAACAUCACAAUCACGGCGGUGACCUAAGAAGAACACAAAGAAGACUACUCUAGCUCUCUAGUAUCGCCAUCUUACUGUAUCAUACUGUAGCAUGACAUCAGGAGACAGCAUCCUCUUACAACAUCAGAUCAUGCCAAUAAAGCGGAGUGGUUGCAGUAUCAAGAAUGGUUCCAGGGAACCCACCAACGGUAGCAGGAAUGCUUCUUCGAACAUCAUCAUCAUCACUCCUCCUCGCUCAUAUACUUUUCCUCCCUCCGAGCCCAGAUUUCACAAAUCAGAAGAUGAAACUCUGGAGGGCCACCAUGUCGUGGAUUAUCUCCAACAGGCUCUGUCAUACCAUGAUGGGGGAGAACCUCAGGGAAUCAUCUCGUUAUCCUGUGAAGAGACGGUCGAUGACGUGACCAUCGAGAAGAUUGCCACGCUUCUGCAACGAAAUCAUCGCCAUGUCAGACUACAAGCACUCUAUCUCCCCAAGAAUCACUUGACGUCGGCAGCGGCUGCACAUAUCGCCAGGAUCACCGAAACCAUGGCAGAAACACUCCUUCACUUGGACCUAAGACAAAACAACUUGGGGGUAGCCGGCUUGAAAACAUUGAUACAAACCCCACAGCCACUCGCCAUUAUCCAAACACUCAAUCUGGAAGGCUGUGACCUACCGAAAGCGGCGGCUUCUGUAUUGGCGGAUUUGUUAAGGAGAAACAACAACCUGCAGGAACUCUACCUGGGAUACAACAACAGGUUAAAACCACAGGGAAUACAGAAAAUCAUUGCCGGACUGGCAGACAAUCCUGACUCCAAAUUAAACAAGUUGGAUCUCAAGGGUACUUCCAUGGGAGGAAAGGGACUCAAGGAGCUGUUGGAAUACCUUAAUGGAAAUGACACCAUGCACGCUCUGGAUCUCUCCCGGAACAACAUGAGAGCCGCCGUGGCAGAAGGAUUUGCCUACUUGCUCAAGUUUCCAAAUCAUAUUCUACACUUGGAUUUGGGAAGCAAUGAUAUAGGACCCGACGGAAUCAAUGCCCUGGCAAGAGCAUUGAAGGAAAAUGGAGCCCUGCAGGGAUACUGCCGUAUUCAACAACUCAUCCUCAACUACAACCAGUUGGGAGAUCAGGGGGCCAUUUGUUUGGCCAACGCCAUACAAAACAACUCCACGCUACAACAUCUAGAUCUAUCCAAAAACAAUAUUGGACUCGACGGAGUCACACAAUUGGCCAACAGCUUGGCCAUUAACUAUUCAAUCCGAACAGUCAACCUCGAUGGAAACAAUAUCGAUGAUCAAGGCGCACUGGCGUUGGCACACGUCUUGAGACGAAAAAACUGCCACAUUGAGGAACUCACAUGUCACGACAAUCCACUCAUUUCCGAAGACCAUGGAGAAUUCUAUCUGCAACACGCUUUUAGAUUCCGAGAAAGCUUAAAGACCCACUUGGGCGAGUUGCAGAAAGAUAUCGAGGCGGAUCGACUCAUGUCCGUUGAUUGGUGGAGACGGCCACCCCAUGUCCAAGUCACCGAUUGGGAAGUGGAUGUACUCGUACAAUCCCUCACAAGACACAAUCCGCAACUCCUACAAACCAUUUACCUCACGGGUGCGCGAAUCACGGAUGAAAGUUUAAAGCAUCUCUUUUCACGUUACAUUGCAGAGAACCCUUCCUUGCAACGACUCUAUCUCAAGAAUGUCACUCUACGGGAUGAUAUGAACGCCAUCAAACAGGCAUUAUGUACCAACUCCACAUUGCGGAUUCUGAACGUGACAAGUUGCAAUCUGUCGACAGUAGAAUGCGCCGCAAACUUGGCCGUUGCCUUGAGACACAACAGGAUGUUGCAGAGAAUUUCCCUUCAGUGCAACAGCCUGGGUGACGAGGGAUUCUGUCUUCUGUGGCAGGCCAUCAACGGAGAGGAGCCACAUCCAUCCCUCGCCUCGCUCAACAUGAGCAAUAACGGAUUGACGGAUCGCUCGAUGGAAGCCAUUUGCAAGUCGGGGUCUCUUGGUCGGUUGGAGGCACUGUACGUGGAGAAGAACCAGAUCACAGAUCGCGGGGCCUUGGAUUUGGCAAAAGCACUCAUGGACAGCAAGGCGCUGAAGGUGCUUAGUGUGGCUCAAAACCAGGAAAUCACAUCCAGGGGACAGAUUGCCUUGCGUGCCUUUGCGCCCAUGAGGUUCUCCUGUUAGCUAGCUAUAUUCCUCUUUCAUGAGUUGAUACAAUAUUUUUGGUUCAGAUACUUUCAUAAAUAUGUUAGCGUGUCCUGCAACGCCCGUACU